GACUUCUUCGGACGGUAGUGCGUCGUAAUGUUUGGUUGUCCGGCGUAUCCACGGCAACACAAUUAGCAUGCAAGUCGUCUAAUGGUCAGAACCGGCUGUGACUACGUCUUUUCAUUUAUAUCAGCACCGUCGAAUCCUCGGGAACAAUAAUACUAAAUAAUAUUGUCGUCGUACAGGUCAGUUAUAAUACAUUCACUUAUGUAAUUAUUUUUGAAAAGAAAACAGUACAAGAUUGUCAUUUUUCUUAAAUAAAUAGUGAUAAAAUGUUACUCGACCUUUGUUUAAUUUGUUUAUGAAUCAUUUUACCGCCACAUCAAAUGCCAGGUGUUCAUUUUCAAGCCACGCGUAUACAGUAAGUUUAUAUACAGUUAAACUUUUAACACCAAACAAUUACUUCAAGUCGUGCUUUUUUAUCUUCGAUAAAAAUCAUCAUCGUCCAAAGUUUAGUGCGAUUAUGAGGCAUGGCAAGUACGCUCUAGCAGCAGAUGAGCGUCUGGACCACAUUGCUGGCGAUGACCGCCGUCGCGGUCGUCAUAGUCGCCGGUAAUUACCCAACGUUCGAAGGAGCCGGCGAUUUUAGAGAUAGCUUGAUGGUGCCAGCCGGCGCGCCUGUUGGGUCACUCAUUUAUCGAUUAAGGGCUUCCGACCACGACAAGGACUAUCCACUGUAUUUCCAAGCCACCGAUUUUGGCAGUUAUGUGAUAAGAAUAGAAAAUCUUCCGUGUCUCCCAAAUACCACGGUCGGUUAUUGUCAGGCAGAUGUGUACUUGGAUCGAGUGCUGAUUCCAGGUCAAACAUUUCAAUUCAGGAUAACAGUGCGAGAUACUAGAGGAGACACCACUACAGUGCCAGUUCGGCUGGUGGCCACCGAAGCUCGGAGUGACGUCGAAACGAUAUUUCCUCACAUUCCUGCAAUCAUCAUCGUACCCGAGGAUGUUAAAGUCAACACUGAGCUAGAAUAUGUGAUCGUCAAGAAAAAUACGGAAUCGAGGAAGUCGGCUACUAUUGAACUAAGGGGAUCUCCGGAGUUGACCAUAGGUCGGUUGCGUAUGAACAAGGACACGACCACUGGUACGAUAUCGGUAUCCCGGCCGCUGGACUUCGAGACCAGGAACAUGUACCGAUUGCAAGUGGUCGCGUUGGACAUGUACGUGGAGAUCGGCAAAGAUUCCAGAAACGCGGCGGCGUUCGAGGUCAUCGUGGUCGUGGAAGACGUGCAAGACACGCCGCCGAUAUUCACCCGACUCGAAACAAUAGUGCAUCUGCAUAACAACAUGUCCAUUGGAGACGUUGUGACCAAAGUAGAGGCAAUUGACGGCGAUAGGGGUCGACCUCGUCGAAUUAAAUACGGUUUGGUGUCGGAAAAUAGGCCUUUCACCGUGUUGUUCGAAAUAGGUCUAUUCUCAGGUGAAAUAAGAUUAAAGAGGUCUAUGUCAGAGCUGAAUAAAAUAACCGGUGGAAAACAGCCAGCCAUAUUGACCGUGAUAGCCGACGAAGAAGUGACCGGGACCGGAGAGCCUACAGCCAUGUCCACCCUGGCCGACUUAGUGCUAAUUCUUGACGACGUGGCCAAUCGUCCGCCGUACUUCCACAACGCAAAUUACGCUUGCCGUUUGAACGAGAAUAGCGAUCAGGGGACGACAUUGACGUUCACUGACGGUUACGUGUUGCAAGUAAACGAUGACAGUACGGGCAAGGAGUCUGUGUACGCGUUGACUUUGGAAAACAAUAACGGAACUUUUGAAGUGACGCCCGCAGUGAUUGACAGACGUGGCCGGUUCACUAUUAUGGUUCGCAACAAUCAUCUAUUGGACUUCGAGAAUACCCGGUCGGUCCGUUUCGAGGUGUUGGCGACGGAGCUGUCCGUGCACGGCGGUGAUGGUGGUGACACGAACCGCACUCGGACUUUAGCCAGGGCACCUGUAAUUGUAUACUUGGACGACGUCAACGAUAAUGCCCCACGAUUCACGAGUGCCGCGUACGACGUCCAGCUGCCAGAGAAUGCCACGGCCGGUGUCCGCGUGACUACCGUCAAGGCCGUGGAUCCGGACACCGGACUGUUUGGCAGCGUUCGGUACACCGCCGUGUUGGGUUUUAAGAACUCGUCGUUGGUGCUCGACCCGAUAACUGGUGUCAUCGUGGUAUCCAACGACAAUCAUGGGUUCGACCGAGAAGAAUCCUCAGAGUACAGAUUAACCGUGGAAGCUCGUGACAUGGACGGAAGUGGCUUGUCAACAACCGUGCCGCUCAACAUACACGUAUUGGACAUAAACGACGAAACGCCAGUUUUCCAGGAUACACCGAUCCAGUUUAUCUUGACACAAGAUAUGCGUAACUUCACAGAACGAGCUUUCAUCAAGGCUAUUGACAAAGACGCAGAAGCCCCAAACAACAUAGUGAGGUACGAGAUAAUAAACGGCAACUACAACAAUCGCUUCACCCUGAAUCCAGAAACCGGAGAACUGUUCAUAUCCAGCGACUUGUACGAUUCAAGCCGGACUAGAAGGGACUCGGCAAACAGCGCGUUCGUUGUACUCACAGUCAGGGCUUAUGAUUUAGGCGUCCCACAUCGGUGGUCUACAACACAAGUGAGAAUUUAUCCACCAUCGUCCGGUGCCAGACAAAUGACCUUUCUUAUCCCUGCUUCAAUGGAUGUUGCGGCUAUGCACAAUUUGUUAGAGCGCCUGACGGGCGGUAAAGUGACUAUUAAUUCAAUAAAGCCUAACUAUGAACACGUCCAACGACCAGUUGCCAGUGCAGAAAAAAAUAUUGUGACCGCCACCGUUGCGUACAAUACAAAUACGGUAAUCGACGUCGAUGAAUUCCGCAAACACAUAGCCCAGUGCAGUAAUGAAGUUCAAAUGGCUCAAGUAGAUAACCGCAACGAUAAAAAUUUGAUUUUCUGGUUGAAUUUAUUAUUAUUGUUAGCCAUACUGUUGGCGGCCUUAUCACUGUUGUUUUGCUGUUGUUAUCAACAAUAUCUUCGAUUUCUUCAUAAUAAACACCAGCACGCUGACCACAUGAAAAACAAAGGGAUCCAAGCGCCUUCUCUGAAUUCUAGUGAAUCGACAGAAAACGAACCUCAUCGACAAAAAGUAUAUGUUUUGAGAGAAAAACCAGUGACUCCGAUUCGAAUAGCGAAAAGAACAAGGACAAUGGUAUUGCCAAAUAUGAUUACGAAAAAAACGAGCGCAGAGUCAUUGCUCAUAGAAGAUGUCGAAGGCAAUGAAUAUAGGAUCAUAGACAAACGGAAGUCUUGGUCCGAUGAAACAACCGACACGAGACAAGAAAUGUUUUUCAAACAAGGAGACGCGGAAAUUUUACGUAUUAUGUCUAAUGAUUCGUUGGAAGUAAUGGACUCGGCGUCCAACGUGGGUGGAUUUAAUGCGUUUGACGAAUUGGCCGGUAAAAAAGUAAUUAUGAACAAGUUUUUGAACAGUCAACCGGACGAGAACGUGGUUAAAGAUCAAUACAAUGGAAGCGUCAAAGGAAAUGUAGAAAAAACGCAACUCGAAGAAUUAAAAAAAGAAGAUAUUGAAGAAGAACAAAAGAAAAUGACCGCAUUUCAAAGAGACGUGUUAUUAACCAAGUUUUUGGCGGAGGAACAACAAAAAUUGAUGACCAGACUGGAGACGACCAAAUUGGAAACUCGGAGUUUGCCGGGAGCUAAUAUGGCCACGCAGACGGAAACGCACGCUGGAACGCAGACGACUAGAUCGUGUUUGCGGGUCAGCGGCGGCGGCGGCGGCGGGCGACGGAGUCGGAGUUACGACGACCGGGAGUGUUCCAGGUCCGCGCACUGCCCGCGCCGGUCGUCCAGCAUGCCUCGCAGACAGUUGUUCAACAGUCCGAUCAUGGAGGAAACGGGCAGCGGGUCGGGCGCCAGCAGCGGCUUGCGGUCGUCGUUGGCCGGACGCGGAGCCACGGGACAGGGAUCGACCGCGGGCGGAUCGGGAUCGGUGGCCGGCGAGUCCGGCGCAGGAGCGAGAACGGGACCGGCACGGCGGCGACUGUUCGCCACGUCGUCGGCGUCGUCGUUGUCCGCGGACGUGCAGGGGGACGCGGAAAAGCGCAAGUCCCGGUCCUAUUCCAGUAUUCGGGAGCUCGACCUGGACAGGCAGCUGCAGUACAUGACGCCGUCGCUCAGGUCCAGGGCCUUGGCCCGGAGACGGUUGUCCACGUCUUUGCCGCCGCACGGUUACAGGGCGUCGUGCAGGUCCGUGCAGAUGUUGGAGAAGAAGAGCGUGUUCACCAUAGCGUACGGCGACGUGGCCACGCAGAAGAUCAACUGCAGCGCCGACUCGUCCUCCAACAAUUGGGAAUGAUAGCGAUGCGUUGGCGGCUUUCUGCACCCUCCGACCGGACCGUACCGUAUAUAAUAUAAUAUAUAUAAACUGUAGAUGACGUCGUACACUCGUCGUUGUGAUGACACUAAAACAUUAUUAUACAAUCAUGACCAAAAACCACUGUAAUAUUAUUAUAGAUAGGUAUUAUUAUAUAAAAUUGUUAAUAUUACGCCAUAAACCUUUAUAUUUAUGUACUCGUAUACUACUCAUUUAUUUAUUUUAGCAGAAUUUUAUUUUAUUUUGUUAUAUCUAUAUUAUACUAUUAUAUAUGUAUUUUAACGUUUACUUAUUUUUGUUUAAAUAUAUAUUAUAUUAUACAAAACGA